UCACUCACCUUAUCUCUAUUCUCUCUCUCCCGCCGCCCCCGUUUUCAACCUGGGAGCCAUGGAGAAUAAGAGCCUCAACAUCUUCAACUCGCGCCUGGUGCUGGCGUUGCCAGAGACGGCCACGGAUGGUGACUAUGUGGCUAUGGAGGGGGUCAUUGCCCACGAGAG